AUUGGGGAGCCGCGCCGCGUACUCGCCUAGGUCGCUGGGCUCGGCGGGACAUGACCGCGCUGUGCUCGCCUUGCGCUCAGCCCUGCUAGCAGCUCGUCGCUGCUCGCCGCCGCCGCCGCCGCCGCCACCUCCUCUCUCCGCACCUGGCCACCGCCCCCGAGCCCAGCUCGGCCUGCGCCCGCGCGCACCGCAGUAGUCAUGGGGCUGCAGCCCCUGGAGUUCAGCGAUUGCUACCUCGACAGCCCGUGGUUCCGGGAGAGGAUCCGCGCUCACGAAGCGGAGCUCGAGAGGACCAACAAGUUCAUCAAAGAGCUCAUCAAAGACGGCAAGAACCUUAUCGCUGCCACCAAAAGUCUGUCAGCUGCCCAGCGGAAGUUUGCUCACUCUCUCAGAGACUUCAAGUUUGAGUUUAUCGGGGAUGCUGAGACUGAUGAUGAACGGUGCAUAGAUGCCUCCUUACGGGAAUUUUCUAACUUUCUGAAGAAUCUGGAAGAACAGAGAGAAAUCAUGGCAUUAAGUGUGACUGAAACCCUGAUUAAGCCCUUGGAGAAAUUCAGAAAAGAGCAACUUGGAGCUGUAAAGGAAGAAAAAAAGAAGUUUGACAAAGAGACGGAAAGAAAUUACAGUCUAAUCGAUAAGCACUUGACCCUGUCUGCCAGGAAGAAGGACACGCACUUGCAGGAGGCUGACCUCCAAGUGGAACAGAACCGGCAGCAUUUCUACGAGCUCUCUCUUGAAUACGUGUGUAAGCUCCAGGAAAUCCAGGAAAGGAAGAAGUUCGAGUUCGUGGAACCUAUGCUGUCCUUUUUUCAGGGAAUGUUCACUUUCUAUCAUCAAGGUCACGAGCUUUCCAAAGACUUCAACCACUACAAGAUGGAACUACAGAUCAACAUUCAGAAUACACGGAAUCGAUUUGAGGGAACCAGGUCGGAAGUGGAGGAACUUAUGAAUAAAAUUAGACAAAACCCCAAGGAUCAGAAGCGAGCCAGCCAGUUCACAGCAGAAGGGUACCUAUACGUCCAGGAAAAAAGGCCUGCUCCAUUUGGGUCCAGUUGGGUCAAACACUACUGCAUGUACCGGAAAACAGCCAAGAAAUUCAACAUGAUUCCCUUUGAGCACAGAUCUGGGGGGAAACUGGGGGAUGGAGAGGCGUUCUUUUUGAAAGAAUGCACCAAAAGGCCUAUUGACUCAACUGACAGAAGGUUUUGCUUUGACAUCGAAGCCGCCGACAGGCCUGGCGUCCCCUUGACCGUGCAGGCGUUUUCAGAAGAGGAAAGGAAGCAGUGGUUGGAAGCUCUGGGUGGAAAAGAAGCUUUGUUCCACACUUUUAAUAGAGCCAUCGUCCCGAGACCAGAAGGAGGUGCACAGUUGGAUAAGAUGGGAUUCACAAUUCUCAGAAAGUGCAUCAGUGCUGUUGAGACACGAGGUAUAAAUGACCAAGGACUGUACAGAGUUGUGGGGGUGAGUUCAAAGGUCCAGAGACUUCUGAGUAUGUUGAUGGAUGUAAAAACGUGCAAUGAGCUGGACCUGGAGAAUUCCACAGAUUGGGAGGUGAAGACAGUAACAAGUGCCUUGAAGCAGUAUCUGAGGAGUCUUCCAGAGCCUCUCAUGACCUAUGAGUUACAUAGAGACUUCAUUGUUCCGGCCAAAAGUGGCAGCCCAGAAUCCCGUGUCAGUGCCAUCCACUUCUUGGUACACAAACUGCCAGAGAAGAAUAAGGAGAUGCUGGAUAUCUUGGUGAAGCACCUAACCAAUGUGUCAAGUCACUCGAAGCAGAAUCUAAUGACAGUGGCGAAUUUAGGAGUGGUAUUCGGACCUACUCUGAUGAGACCACAGGAAGAGACUGUUGCGGCCAUUAUGGACUUGAAGUUUCAAAAUAUCGUCGUAGAAAUCUUAAUCGAAAACCACGAAAAGAUUUUUCGGACCUCGCCUGAUACCACAUUUGCUGAGCCCACAUGCCUGUCAGCGUCACCCCCAAACGCUCCACCACGACAGUCCAAGAGACAAGGGCAGAGGACGAAGAGACCAGUGGCUGUGUACAACCUUUGUCUUGAACUGGAGGAGGGUGAUAGUCCCAGCCCUCUCAAGGAGGAUCCCCCCAGCAGCAGUCAGGAUUCACUGUCCACUCCAUCUCCUACAACUUCAGCUGCCCAUGGGCCUCCGGGACCAGACGGAAACCACCUUGCAGCAGACAGAGGGAACUGUGGAGACGCCGCUGCCACUACGCCAAGCCAGACCCGGCCAUCCAUGGUGCAGUGGCUGAAUAUGCAGUCUCCCACCACACCAAGCUCCAACCCAGCUGGGACACCUCCUUCACCCAGGAUGUCACCAUUCCCCCUCUCUCCUGCUGCCUCCAUUGUAGACAAGCUGCCUGAAUGCCUUAUCAACCGCAAGGCCCGUGCAGUGUACCCGUGUGAGGCAGAACAUAGCUCGGAAUUGUCAUUUGAAAUAGGAGCCAUUUUUGAGGAUGUUCAGACCUCAAGGGAACCCGGAUGGCUGGAAGGGACCCUGAACGGCAAGCGAGGGCUGAUUCCACAGAAUUACGUCAAGCUACUGUAGUCCCUGGCCAUGGGGGCUCCUGCUGAUCCUAGCACCCCAAGCACCAGCCUGGAAAUGGCACCCAAAUGCCACGGUUACGCUUAGGAUCUUCGGUCACCACAGGCACUCCAGGGCUAGGGAGGGGAUGGAACUUGCCACCUAGGACGGUGCAGAUGUGGGUGUAAGCAGAGCGUGGCCCUCGUUGGCGGAGUGGAUGCUCGCCUAACAGGCACUGGGGAUUGUGAUCUUUAAUUGUCCAGCCCGUGGGACAGAGAGGGCAGUCCUCAUUGGCGACCUCGCUGUCCACAUACCUGCUGUUGGGUUUUCAAAUGUCCGGAGCACAUGUGACCUUGUGGGUGCCGGGGGCUUGGUCCCAACCUGAGGGAAGCAGAGAGAAGCUCUUCCAAGCCUGUGCCUUCCUGCCUGCCUCUCCUGGCCCCCAGGGCCUGCUCACUGGCAGCUGCAUGUGCUUCAACAGCCUUUUCCAGGUGCUCACCGGAGUGCUGUUUGCCCUAUGUCACCUCACUGCCACAAGGCCCCUCUGUACAUGAAAUAAAAUGUAAUUUACUAUC